AUGUAUGGUGUGAAGAAAACCCGCACUACACCCUACCGGCCUCAGGGUAACGCUCAGUGUGAGCGCUUUAAUCGAACGCUUCAUGAUCUGCUGCGCACACUUCCCCCUGAAAAGAAGAGGCGGUGGCUACAAUGUCGCGCCACAUACUCCUCUGAGAACCAUCCUCCUAAAACACAAGAGAGAGAAGCAGAGUCCGAGCAAGUUGAAGUUCAGUCUGAUCCUGAUUUUGUUGUGCUAGAAGAAGUCACUUACCCUAGUCUGCAAGAGACAAAGCAGAUUGGAAGUUCUUCGGUAGAAGGUGAAGUGCUUGUAGAUCAGCCCGAAUUGAUUUUAGGGGAUACAGAACCCAAGCAGUUUAUUCCUGACACCAGUGCUGCUCUCAGAGUGGAAGAACCUGUGCUGAAGAAGCCUGUACCAACCCCUAGGAGAACAAAAAGAGUCAAUGCGGGAAUAGAAGUUGUAGUAGAUAUCUAUGAGAGUACAGACACUGUUAGAGGUCAUGACCCAGAUGCAGAGAAGAAAGGCAGUGACACAAAGAGAGACCUAGACACAGAUCCACACACAGGAGGAGACACUGCAUGGAGCAGAUGUUACAGAGUGACUGCUCUGUGUGUGCUGCUGCUGUGUGUUCUCCUGCUGACUGCCAUCACAGUGCUGUGGAUCAAAUUCAUCAACCUGAACACAGAAAACAACCAGCUACAGACCAGAUACAACAACCUGACUAAAGAGAUAGACCAGUUACAGAAGGAUAGAGAGGAACUCCAGAGGCUUUCUAAACUAGUCUAUAAUAGAUUAGCGAUGUGUGAGAAUGUUUAUGAUGUGAAAUACACUGAGGAGUUGAACAGUAGAGAGCAAGCGGAGAUGGCUGUGAAUAUCUUUGCGAAUGCAGAAGCUAUUAGAAGUUACAAUGCCAACACUGAUAUGGAGAACGGCAACACAACGAGGAACCUACAAGUUCGACACACAGUUACAGGAACCAACUGGAAUAAAUUUUACACACUGACUUCAGUGUGUGUGCUGCUGCUGUGUGUUCUCCUGCUGACUACCAUCACAGUGCUGUUGAUCAAAUUCAACACCCUGAAUGUAGAAAACAACCAGCUACAGACCAGAUACGACAACCUGACUAUAGAGAAAUACCAGUUACAGAAACAAAGAGAUACAUUUCAGAAUAGGUUGACCAGUGUGGGAUGGAUAUUAUUUCACUCCAGCCUUUACUACAUCUCCAGUGAGAGGAAGACCUGGACUGAGAGCAGACAGGACUGCAGAGGGAGAGGAGCAGACCUGGUGAUCAUAAACAGCAACGAGGAGCAGGAGUUUGUGGGUAAUUUGAGCAAGAGCAAGAAACCUGGCGUUUAUAUUGGUCUGACUGACCUUGAUAAUGAAGGAGUGUGGAAAUGGGUGGAUGGAACAUCACUGACCACUGCGUACUGGUCAUCUGGAAAUGUUUUUUCGGAUAGAGAUGACUGUGUUGUAAACGGGUAUAAUGGAAGUGUUGGAUGGUAUGACCGACCAUGCACAGAAACUUACUACUGGAUCUGUGAAUAACUCGUCUCCACUAACAACAUAAGACCAUCAUUACAAUUACACACACACAUACAAUUCACUCUACAAAAAACAAAAAUAUAUAUUUUUAACAAAGCCACAUGUAACAAUUAUUGGCACCCCUGGAAAAUCUUAUAAGGAAAAUGCAACUGAUGCAUAUUCGCAUUUAUAUUUACAUUUUAUAUAAAUAUAUAUUUACAAGUUCACCUGAGUGUUUAGGAACUCUUAAGAGGUUGCCAUUCCUGUUUCAGAAGGAUCUAAUUAUGAGAAGCAAUAAUCCAUUAGUUGUCCACAUGGUGAAGAGAGAAAUUAAAUAAAAUGUAUUGAUCAUAAAUCAGGCUGUAGCUAUAAAAAUACAUACAUUUCCAUUUUCCUGUGUACUGUUUGCAUGAACUCUUUUAAAUAAAUCUAAUAUACUUAUGCACUGUCCAUAUACAGUAUACUGCUUGUGAAUAGCUAUAUUUCAAAAGCCUUAAAUAAUUUUGUGCCUUCUUUAUAUUUUGCACUUAUUGUCCUGUCAUUCAAAAUUUUUUGUAUAUACACUGACCUUGUUGUGUGGCAAUAAAGGAAUUAAAAU